AUGUCAAACUUCACACGGCCGCUGCCCUCACAUCUCCGCAACCAGUCAAUGGGCGGGUCCCAGCAACAAUCACCCGUGUUGCUUGCGCGCAUUGCAGAAAAGAAAGCCGAAUUAGCCAACUUGAAGGACCUCCAAGCGUUAAGCGGAGGGCUUGCAGACCAGAUGCAGAUGCUCGCUGAUAAGCUAUCGACAUUGUCAGAUGGAACAGAAGCGGUCGCAGCAGUGCUAUCAAACUGGCAUAAUGUGCUAAGAGCUAUAAACAUGGCGUCAACAAAACUUCCAAAACCGAAAGACGAGGAUGAGACAGAAAAGAAGGCAGAAGAUGGGCCACCAUUGCCCCAGACGCUUGUCCGCAUUCCUACACAACACGCUCCUGCGGUGAUAGAACAGGCGAAUGCAGCCACUGCAGACGACUGA